CAGAGACUGGGCAAGAUGGGUAACGCCAUGCGAGGCGUCAUUGCCUUCAUCCCCUCGGAGCGCUGUCAACGCUUCCUGGUGGGGGAUCUAAAGGAGAUGCCACUUGAUCGGACCCUGGACCUGAGCAGCCGGCAGCUGCGCCGGCUGCCUGUUGCUGCCUGUGCCUUCAGUGAACUGGUGAAGCUCUACUUGAGCGACAACAACCUCAGCAGCUUACCGUAUGAACUGCAGGGCCUGAAGAAGCUGCAGCUCCUUGCUCUUGAUUUUAACUGCUUUGAAGAGCUCCCUGCAGCUGUUUGCAAAUUGCCCCAGCUCAGCAUCCUUUACCUGGGUAACAACAGGCUUUACAGCCUCCCCAGAGAACUAAGAGAGCUCAAGGAACUUAGUACUCUGUGGCUGGAGACUAAUUGCUUCACUGUUUUCCCUAAGGUGGUUUGUGAGCUCUCUAAUCUCAAGACUUUGCACCUUGGAUAUAACCAGAUACAGAGUUUACCAAAAGAACUAAAAGGGCUGGAAGAGCUAAGAAGUAUCUGGCUUGCUGGGAACCAGCUGGCAGCGUUCCCACCCGUGUUGCUGGAAAUGCACUUUCUAGCCGUCAUUGAUGUGGAUCGGAACAAAAUACGUUACUUCCCAGGCCUGUCUCACUUGGAGGGGUUGAAGCUUGUCAUCUACGACCACAACCCCUGUGUUAAUGCCCCGGUAGUGGGCGAAGGAGUCAGAAGAGUGGGGCGCUGGGCAGACAGCUCAGAUGACGAGCAGGAAGAUGACGGGUCAAAAGCAGUGAGUGAGACUGCAGCAGAGAUCACCGAAGUACAACCUGAGGAGGAGCGCGAGAACAUUUAG